UUCAAUGUGUUCGGGUCGCACAAGCACGGUACAAAACAUUUAUGCUUCACUUCAGUACAUGCCCACGUUCAUGUAAACUCUGCACUCUGCCUUAAAGGUCAUGCACAAAUAUGGAUGCGCCACAGAGACCCAAAGGUUUACUGGAUCGUAUUCGCGAUGGUGAAACGGUUAUCUGCGCGGAGGGGUAUCUUUUCGUCUUUGAACGUCGGGGCUACCUGACAGCGGGAUCCUAUGUGCCCGAAGUUGUUCUGGAACAUCCCGAGCUAGUCAGGCUACAACACGAGGAAUUUAUCCACGCCGGAAGUGACGUAGUACUAGCAUUCACUUAUUAUGCAAACCGUGAAAAGAUGGCGCUUGUUGGCCGAGAGGACGAUUUUGAGCGAAUCAACAAGAGUGCUCUGCGCAUGGCACGUGAAGUUGCUGAUCAAACUGGUACACUGAUGGCUGGUAACAUCAGUAACACAAAUCUUUUCAUGGAAACUGUGCCAAACUACCGUGAGAAAAUUUGGCAGAUAUUUAAAGAGCAAUUGGAAUGGAUUAGGGAAGCGGCGGCUGACUACGUUGUGGCGGAAACUUUCUCCACCCUCGGAGAGGCGCUCUUAGCUACACAAGCAUGCAAAGAGUUCGCAAAGGGUCUCCCGUGCGUCGUGACCCUCGGAAUCUGUUUGAUGACUGUCAACGGCAAGCCUGCUACCAAUGACGGCGUAGAAGUGUGCGAGGCUCUGAACCGCUUGGCGGACGCGGGAGCUGACGUGGUGGGGCUUAACUGCGCGAGGGGCCCACAGACCAUGCUGCCAAUUCUGGAAGAAGCAGUCAAAAAUUGCAAGGCACCAAUUGCAGCCCUGCCUGUGACAUACCACACCACUGAUGAAUACCCAGUUUUCUUCGACAUCAAGGACCCAGUUUCUGGCGAGCCUCUGUUCCCAGAGAAUUUGGACAGUACCCAGUGUAACCGUAAGGAAAUCUACAACUUCGGCAAACGAAUCCAGGAACUGGGCAUCAAGUACGUGGGUCUGUGUUGCGGCAACUCAGCUCACCUCACCCGAAGCCUGGCCGAGAGUCUCGGCCGCAAGCCACCGGCCUCCCGCUACACGCCGGACCUCGACAAGCACUUCCUUUUUGGACAGGACAGCAAACUAGCUCUCAUAGGGCGCGAGGAUAGAGAGAAAUAUAGUGGCUUGUUCUCCGAUUCAAAUAAUGCAAUUAAUUAAUGCAAGGAAUUUGGUAGAAAAUAAUGAAAGCUAAUUCGAAUUAAUUUUAAUUGUUAAUUUUUUAUUCUGAAAUGCGAGUGAGAUAUUAUAGAUUAAUUGCAGAUUCUUAAAGGGUCUUGCGAUUGUUUUAUUUCAGUCCUGGAAAAUUCACCUUUUUAUUCCAUUAACCUCAUUUAUUUUUAAAAAUUCAAUUUUUGUGUUUCCAGCUUAUAUGCUACUUUUGAAUUUCCAUAUUUGUGACAAAAACUGCAAUGCCAUUCCAAGGAGGAAACACUUAAGGUUACCUUAAUGUGUGCACGAAAAAUGUCAGGAAUGUUUGAUUCAAUUCACUAGGCCUCUACAGAUAGCAAAACCUUGAAAUUAAAGCUUGUGCCAGGCAAGUCAUUAAAAGAAUGAUAUGACCAACACAAUAAACCCCCCAAAGAGUCGGGUUUUACGCACCAUCUCAUAGCUGGGGGUGGGGGGUGGAGAUUCCCCCUACCCCAUAGCAAUUUGUGAGUCAUAUGCCCGAUCUUUGAACUUUCAUUGAGUUUUGAAACGGCACUUGAAGUUUACAGACUCGAGCAUGUCGGCUUGUGUGCACUGAGCAGUUCGUGGAAAGUACACACAUUUAUGGCUGACGGCAAGUACGGGCGUGUUGCAUGCCAACGGAUCAAGCGAUUUUCACAAAAUUGGGUGUCAAAAGGACCUUAAGGUGUUAAUAACCCCCCCCCC